AUGGGUUGCAUCACAGCCAAGCCGAGGAAGAGCUUCCGUUCUCUAGCUCGUCUCACGGCCCAACAGCAGCGAGUCUUCGUUUGUCUUCUCGCCCUCGCAGCGGCGGUCCACGCCGGGUAUAUCGGAGGAGGAGGUGGUGGCUGGUCAGGUGGCGGUGGAGGUGGUGGCUGGUCAGGAGGCGGAGGAGGUGGUGGCUGGUCAGGAGGCGGCGGUGGCUAUGGAGGCGGCCAUGGCGGCGGAUCAGGUGGUCAAGUGAAGAUCAUCAAGAUUAUCUCGAGCGGCGGAGGUGGAGGCGGUAAGAUUUUAUUUAACAAUCAAUAUACAGAUAAAACAAUCAAGCCAUAA